AUGCUUCGGAACGCUGCGGAACGCUUCUGGAACGCAUUAGCACAUAUCGAUAUGGACCAGCGCUGGAUACGCUGGAGGUUCGCAUCGAUCGGAUGGGUCGAGGACCAGGCAUCCGUGACGGCGAAAAGGAACGAACAGGUGCGCAUCGAGUUUACAGGCAAUGGACAACAAGAUUAUCCAUUGAAUAUUGAUUACAAUGUGGCCGCCGAGCCUCGACUGACGAUUCCCGGAGGGUACCCAAGUCCGGAUAUCGAUACUAACAUGCCAGGAUGUAAGUCCUCGUCCCUCGUGGGCUGGAGGCAACCCGAUGAACCUAUACCAGGUGAUAAGUCCUCGUCUACACAAGGCUGGAGGCACCCUGAUGAACUACUACAUACCAAUAACGUAGAAUUAAGGCAUGUAACUGUACCAGCGCAUAUAGUUAGACAAACGCGCACUGUAGAGCAGACACCAGCGAGUAUUGACACUACUGGGCUCAAAGAAAUAGCAAAUAACGGUACAGAGAGCGGAAACGCUCAGGCGAUUGUUCUUGAGGAUUCAGACAGUCGAGUUCAGGAUGAACAGGCGAUUGGAUUCGAGGAUUCGUCCAAUCGAGUACAGAAGGUCGAGUUUGAGGAUUCAACUCACCGAGUACAGGCGAUUGAGCUUGAGGAUUCGCUCUAUCGAUUUCAGGCUACCGAGUUUGAGGAUUCACUCGAUAGAGGACAGGCGAUUUGGUUUGAGGAUUCACCAAGUCGAUAUAGAGAGCUAACGGCGAGCAUCGAGGAAUUUGCAAGCCAAUACAAGGAGUACAUCGUGCAUAUAGUCAGUAUCAGUGAGAGCGUGGAUGAGUAUCCAGUGAGCGCACUUACUUCAGAACGGAAACACAUCGACAACAGCGAUGUAGAGGGCAAUAAGACAUCUAAGACCCUUUUAGGCAGCGAAGAAAGCAGCCAGGACUCAGAACACAAGAGUAACAAAGGCCAGGAGAGCCAGGCAUCGGAACUACAGAGAUCCGAUGAGGAACAAGAUUUCCAGAAGGCAAGUAAGACCUUCAGACACAUCGCAAGAGACAGAGCGAUUGAGAUAGACAUAGGACAUGUCAGCCCAUUCCACAGUUCGAUAGACAUCGAUGAUUUGAAUAAGAGAACGUACAAGUUCGAUGGAAUGUAUCAGGAAGAGGAGAAAGCAACUCCUUCAUCAAACAAGAGCGGACUCGAUAGUAUAGCAACGGAAAAGCGCGAAACGCUUCAGGCAGGCUACAGAACGAAAGCCAGACAUGCCAUAGUACCCACAGACAGUAGAGAUCAUAACUAUCGAUCUAAGAGUGUAGAAGAAACGCUCAAGAGUCCAGACAAACGAUCGCAUUCACAGAAAGCGAAAGGAAAGUGCAAAGCGAAAGGAAUACGCAAAGCACAAGGAACGGAACGAAAACCGGAACUGCCAGGCAUUCAAUACGAUUGUGAAAUCGAUUCAGACUAUCCAAGCGAAACGGACAUCGCAUUGACAGAACAGUACUUUGAGGAUAGCAAAAGUGAACGCAAAUUGGAACUACAGGGAUCAGUACUUGAUCCAGAGGGCGAAAACCAAGCAUACACCCACGAAAUCGAGUGUUUAACCUCAUACAUGGUAGAUAUCGACUACGCAUUGCACAGGAGCAAUGUACAGGAGUACUACAACGGAUACGACACCCUAGCCAGGUCCAGGAAUAAGAGAGAAAGCGAAAUACCUGGAUAUAUGCGGUCUCAAAUGGAAAUACCAAGUUUUUCAGGGCAUCAGAGCAUACAUCGCAUUAAAUCCGUGAACAAACGAUCCCAUAGCGAUACUUCGCGAUUGAAAGCAGUCCCAGGCAAGGCAUACACUAGUUGUAUUAGUGAGAACAAUAUCGAUUCAGAGCGCAGCAAACUACGCAGUUCAAAGCCACAUAUCGAGCGCAGCAAGCAUAAGAAUAGCUCCAACCGUAGUUCAAGAACGAACAAUGGACACAGGCAUAGCGAAGCACCGAAUAAUGUUCAGAAAGGCAUAUUUGCAUCAGUAAGACCUUCAGAGAGCCUAGCAAACAAUAGCUACGCAUACAGAGCGAUACAGAGCUCUAGGAUACAGAGAAAUGGAAAUCUUGACCCAGGAUCAGACCCAGACAGCGAUAAUUCGGAUUCCUCUUCAUCCAAUGACUACAAUCGAAGUAAUGCUUUAUUCGAACUGUCAGACAUCGAUUCGAGUGAUACUGAAGCUACUAAGAAGCGCAAGAAACGCUUGAGGAAGAAACGGAACACAAGUUCAGGCAGGCAAACUACGCAUUUGAAAGGGCGAAUUCAGUAUAUUCGAGACCCUAUGAGACUACAGCACUUAGGCAUCGUACUACAGGCAUUCAGUACAGGAAUAAGCAUCGCAGGAAGUCUAAACAUCGAGAUAGACGAUUGUAUACAGCAUACAAUGACAUUUUACCCUCGAAAGCACAGGCAUACAGUGUAG